AUGUCCCACCCCAGCACCCUGGACUUAGACAGAUAUAGCAGCAUGGGGAGAUCGCGUCGCUCGACCAGUCGCAGCCAAUCCAGGCUGCAGUCCAAAACUGGGGAUGUUCUGUGUGACUUCUGCACAACACGGAAGCAGAAAGCUGUGAAGUCUUGCCUGUUGUGCCUGGCCUCCUACUGUGAGACCCACCUUCAGUCUCACUAUGAGUACCCUGCUUUGAUGAAGCACAAACUGGUCAAAUCCACAGGCCAGAUGAGAGAGAAGGUCUGCGCGCAGCAUGACAAGCUGCUGGAGGCGUUCUGUCGCACCGAUCAGACCUCAGUGUGUGUUCUCUGCAUGAUGGAUGAGCAUAAGCACCACGACACCGUCCCUGCUGGAACAGAGCGGACCGAGAAACAAAAACAGCUUGGUUCAACUCUGCAAAAAUCUCAACGAAGGAUUGAUGAGAGGGUGAAAAAGUGGCAGGACCUCCGACAAGCUGUGGAAGCAGUCAAACACUCAGCCCAGAUGGUCCUGGAUGAGAAUGAACGGAUCUUCACUGAGCUGCUGCGUUCCAUAGAGAGGAAGUACAAUGAAGUGAAGGAGAUGGUUCGUUCCCAUGAGAAGACGACAGUGACACGGGCAGAGAUAUUGCUGGAUCGGUUGGAGGAAGAGAUCACCCUCCUGAGGAAGAAACACAUGGACCUGGAGAAGCUCUCACACACUGACGAUCAUAUACACUUCCUACAGAGCUGGCAGUCUCUAUCAGGCCCUUCAGGAUAUGAGGAUCUCAACAAUGUCAGUGUCGCACCCUACUAUUCCUUUGAUGCUACCAAGAGAGCCAUAGCAGCACUGAAAUUGCAGGUGGAGGAAGUCAGCAAGACAGAAAUCAGCAAGAUUUCUGCCACAGUGAAAGAAGUCUACAUCACACAAGAAUUAACGACAAAGACAACAGAAGAUUCAGUGAUGAGGGAGGAACCGCAGACCAGAGAUGAUUUCAUGAAAUACUCCUGCCAGUUGACCUUUGACCUCAAUAGCGUCCAUCCAAAUCUUCACAUCUCAGAGGGGAACAAAAGAGCCAAGAUGCUGAGUGAACCCAAGGAUUACCCGGACCACCCAGACAGAUUCAACCACUGGCAGCAGGUGCUGUGCAGGGAGGGCCUGAAUGGACGUCGCUGCUACUGGGAGGUGGACUGGAGGGGAACAGAAAUAGAUGUGGCUGUUACCUACAGGGGGAUCCGCCGCAAAGGGAAUGGAAAUGAAUGUAGUCUGGGCUGGAACGACAAGUCCUGGAGCCUGUACUGCUCUGAGUCUAAAUACUCAUUCGUGCACAACAACAAGAGUAUUGACAUAGCAGUGCCAAGUGCCACUCGUAUAGGGGUUUACCUGGAUCACAAGGCAGGAACCCUGGCAUUUUACAGUGUUUCUGAAAGCAUGCAGCUUCUGCACCAAGUCCAGACUUCCUUCAGAGAGACCCUCUACCCAGCAUUCAGUGUGUGGGGCUUUGGUUCCAGUGUAAGACUAUAG